GCUGGUGAUGUAUAUCGAGAGGGACAGCAGAAAGACCACUCCAGGCAAGGAAAGGCAGAGUGGCAAUGAAUACUUGUCCAGGUGUUUGGAUCUUCUCAUCUGUCACAUCGUGCAGGAACUGCCGCGAAUCCUGGGUGACAUUCUCAAUGUCCUGGCUACUGUGUCUGGCCGCAAACACCCAUCAACGGUGCAAGGGAAGCAGCUGAAGAUGUGCCUGCCCAUGAUGCCUGUGGUACUUCAUCUGGUCACGUCACAGGUGUUUCGACCUCAAGUUGUAUCAGAAGAGUUUCUUUUCAGUUACGGAACUAUUCUUAGUCAUAUUAAGUCAGUAGACUCAGGAGAAACUAACAUAGAUGGAGCCAUAGGGCCAACAGCAUCAGAAGAAUUCAUCAAGAUCACAUUGUCGGCUUUCGAAGCAGUGAUACAAUAUCCUGUUUUGCUGAAAGACUAUCGCUCCACGGUCAUUGAUUAUAUCCUGCCACCCUUGGUCUCCUUGGUUCAAAGCCAAAAUGUGGAGUGGAGGCUCUUCAGCUUGCGGCUGCUUUCAGAAACCACAUCUUUGCUCGUGAACCAAGAGACUUGGGAUGGGGAAGAGGUGAAUGCAGACUCUGAUAGCAAUCUUCUGGCUCUUAUUAGAGAUGUCUUGCUUCCCCAGUACGAGCACAUCCUCUUGGAACCUGACCCAGUUCCAGCAUAUGCGCUGAAGCUGCUGGUGGCCAUGACUGAGCACAACCCAGCAUUUACCAGACUUGUGGAAGAAAGCAAACUGAUCCCAUUCAUUUUUGAAGUGAUUCUGGUAAGAAAGGAAAUAAUGCAUUUGAAAUUCAAGUGA